AUGGAUGCUGAAAAAGUUUUUGAAGUGGGAGGAAAUGAUUGUAAUGCAUACUUUAAGUGGACCACAGAAAUGGAUGGUGUGAUGCUUGAAGUUCUUAGGGAGCAAAAGAGUAAGGGUCAAAAGGAAGAUAGAGCUUUUUCUGCUGAAGCAUAUAGGAAGGUGGUAGAGGAAAUUAAUGAUAAAUUUUCUUUGAACAUCAACAAAACCAAAGUGAUGAAUCGUCUCAAAACUCUUAAAGAACAAAUGGUGCUAUCAAAAGAAAUUGAGUUGAAAAGUGGAAUAGGAUGGAAUGAUUCUUCUAAAACAUUUGAGGCUCCUCUAGAGGUGUGGAAAUCUCUGAUAAAGGCCAAUCCAAGGUACAAAAAUAUCAAAGGAAAAUCCCUUCAUCACUUGGAGAUUCUCAGAGAGAUAUAUGAGAAAGAUGUAGCAACUGGAGCUCAAGCUGAGAGUGCUAGAGAAAAAGUACAAAGGUGGGAAAGGGAGGAGACUCAUAUUAGUAUUGAUGAAAUUGAUGAGAUGCAAGCAAACAAUCAUGUUUAUUUGGAUAAGUUUUCUACCUUUGAUUUUGAAAGUGUGCCAUCAACAUCGGGAUCACAAUUUGGAAUAUCAAAUCCUUUUGUUCCUAAUGCUUCAGUUGCGAAAGGUAAAAAAAGAAAAGCACCAAUGACAAAUGAGUACUCAUCCCAAUUAAAUGAGGUGUCUUCGGCAAUGAAAGAUAUUGCACAAGCUAUUUUAAAUACAAACACUCAAGUUUGGAAGCCUGCAGAAAUAUAUGAAGCAGUAGCUAAAUUGGGUUUGGAGGUUGACAAACUUUUUGAAGCUGUUGAAUUGCUAAAUGAAUAUCCUAAUCUUAUUGGAACAAUAUUACACUUGGAAGGAUUGGAUGGUGACCUCAAGAGGACCCAAAGACUCAAAUUCUGGCCGCCACUAGACGAGCUACUAGUUGAGAAAUACAAGUUUCUUGAGGCUGAUGUCUGCAAGUUUACCGAGUUCCUGUGCCCCUUACUUGACAUUGCUUCAGAAAAUCGACCAACCGCAGCACAGUGUCUGCAGCAUCCAUGCCUUAGGAUCAAAGAUGCAAAGCCCCGUGGCGAACAAAAUGAAGCCAUUGUUGGAAAGCUGGAGGUUGGCAUGACUAAGCUUAAAGUUCAGGUGAACUAA